UCGCAUUGACUGGCCAGAGAGCCCCUUGCAGUCCGGAGUCACAUUCCCUUGCCAAGAACAAAUGACAAAUAAAUAUCCUCAAGGUCGUCCGAGUUACGGGUCCUUAAAAUGUGUCUGUUUUCCGGAAUGCGUUCUCCAUGCUAAACCCGGAACCUCCAGCUGGAUGCACCGGUGAUUGCCGUCGUCGCUAUCGACGUAGUUAUGUCCAACCCUUCCAGCCAGUCGGACACGACGCUCGAGAAUGGAAUCGCCUCAGGUGAUAGCCGCUCGAACCAGAGCGACAAGCCGGUCCGGGACGAAAAGGACGUGGGAUUUGUCGAAGAGAUCGUCGUCGAGGAUGGCGAGCCGCCGGACGGGGGCUUGACUGCGUGGCUGCAGGUCCUCGGAUCGUAUUCCCUUUACUUCAACACCUGGGGUACGGUCAACACUUUCGGUGUGUACCAAACGUACUACGAAACAGAACUUCUCCAACACAUGUCGCCGUCGGCCAUCUCCUGGAUAGGAUCAAUCCAAUCCUUCCUACUCUUGGCAGUAGGCGUGAUCAGCGGCCCGUUAUAUGACGGCGGCCGCUUGCAUCUGCUUCUCACCGCCGGGCUCGUGUUGAUAACCGUUGGCAUGAUGAUGACCAGCAUCUGCAAGGAGUACUGGCAGAUUGUUCUCGCGCAGUCUAUAUGCGUCGGGGUGGGCACGGGGUGUCUGUAUAUUCCGUCGGUCGCCAUCAUACCCGAGUAUUUUUCGAGGCGUAAAGCCCUCGCUAUGGGCAUCGUGACGUCGGGAAGUAGCUUUGGUGGGGUUAUAUACGCCCUCAUGUUCCAAGGUCUGCUUCCGCGGGUUGGUUUUGGCUGGACAACACGCAUAAUGGGGUUCACCUCCUUGGCCACUUUAUCGAUAUCUUUCCUCGUGCUACGCAGACGCACGACUGCGGUUCAGAUACGGUCACUGCUCGAUAAGCAGGCGUUCCGAGAGCGACCGUAUGUGAUCUACUGUUGCGGCAUCUGCCUCAGCUACGUCGCCUUCUUCGCGCCCAUAUUUUAUCUCCAGACCUACGCACUCGCACACGGCCUCGAAGGCCAGACUGUCGGUUACUAUCUCGUAGCCAUACUGAAUGCCUCUUCCGUUGUCGGCAGGCUCACGCCAUCCCUCAUCGCCAACAAGAUCGGGCCAACCCAUACGUUCUUCAUCAGCGUCACUCUCGCCGGCGUCACCACAUUUGGUUGGAUCAACUCCAACUCAGCUGGACGCAAUAUUGCCUUCGCCAUCUUCUUUGGCUUCUUCACGGGGGGCAUCGUGGCCCUGCCAGCUGUCGUGCUCACCUCUUUCACGCGCGAUCUCAGCCGGCUGGGGACUCGAUUGGGCAUGUCGUCAGUUUUGAACGGAGUGGCAUCCCUUAUUGGCACACCCAUAGCCGGGGCAAUACUGAGCGCCUCAGGAAACUAUCUCGGGAUCCAGUUGUUCUCGGGCUUUCUCUUCAUGCUCACGGCUGCAUUUAUGGUGGUUCUGCGUUUCGAGAUUACGGGGAAGAAGUUGCUGGUUAGGGCCUAAGUGGAAGAUAGAAAAAGCAAUAGACUGCUAGCAUCAUGUAAUGCUACUAGCCGGAAUAUAUAUAAUACCCAGGUGAUUUCUCUUCUUGGGGGGGAAGGGGGGGUUAUGCCUUGCGAACUGCCCAUCCGUGUAUUAUUGCCUACCCCCCCCGUGGCCCCGUUCCAUAAUUUGAUGAUGAUAGGACAAUAGGGUUUCAUGUCUCUACCGUGAAGGAGUUGCUAGAGGCUAGGUACCUGGACUGUACACAAUGGACAGGUACCUGUAGAGAAGGCAAUUAGGCUGAUAUGUGUCGGUACACUCUUCCUUUCUUUCAACCACCCCCUUUUCCUCCCCUCAAUUUUCUCAACUUCUCAACUCCCACCAGUCUAUUCCCGAAAGCCGACUAUAAAAAAGGCCGGCACUAAGCCUUAGCUUUAGAAUUGCUCUACAGAAAUACGGGUGACUUCUAGAACGCUAAUCCACCUUCCGAUGGUUGUGAACAUCUCGUCACAAACCCGCCCAGGACAUCGGGGUCAGACCUGAGCCCCUGACGCACGACUAGCUCAGCCUUCGGUAUCGACCUCUAUCUGACUCACCACCCAUCAUGCGCCGUCUGGGUCUGGGGAAGGGUGGCCGGGGAAGAGAAGAAUCAGCUACACUUUUAGGACAGCUAGCGCCAUCGAAAGUAACG